CCCCCUCCAGUCUUCUCUUCCUGCUUCUAAAAGAUUGCUCUAUCUCUUCUUCCUUCUCAAGUCCCGCCUUUGCUCUGGAGAGGAAUCGGUAGCCCGAAAAGGUCCGGCAGAAGCGCCGACGUGUUCAGACGAGCGGAAGUAGUCAAAGGUCCCUGAGAACCGUAAAGUGCUGCUGGCUGUCUCCCUUUCCGGAGAACGACAGCAGUUCCGACUGUCAGUGCCGGCCUUCCUCGUGUAAGGGGAUCUGCCCCACCCUUGCUAAUUCAAUUUUUCCCCCCAUUCCGGGCCCUUCCCUAUCGUCGCCCCCUUGACCUUGGAUCAUGUUCAAGAAAUUUGGUAGACGCAAAAAGCAAAGGGGGAACAUGGGCAAAGGAAGAUUUGAUGAAAAAGAAAAUGUGUCCAACUGCAUCCAGUUGAAAACCUCAGUUAUAAAGGGUAUUAAGAACCAGUUGAUAGAGCAGUUUCCAGGUAUUGAACCAUGGCUUAAUCAAAUCAUGCCUAAGAAAGAUCCUGUCAAAAUAGUGCGAUGCCAUGAACAUAUAGAAAUCCUUACAGUAAAUGGAGAGUUACUAUUUUUUAGACAAAGAGAAGGGCCUUUUUAUCCAACUCUAAGGUUACUUCACAAAUAUCCUUUUAUCCUGCCACACCAGCAGGUUGACAAAGGAGCCAUCAAAUUUGUACUCAGUGGAGCAAAUAUCAUGUGUCCAGGCUUAACUUCUCCUGGAGCUAAACUUUACCCUGCUGCAGUAGAUACAGUUGUUGCAAUCAUGGCAGAAGGAAAACAGCAUGCUCUGUGUAUUGGAGUCAUGAAGAUGUCUGCAGAAGAUAUUGAGAAAGUCAACAAAGGAAUUGGCAUUGAAAAUAUCCACUAUUUAAAUGAUGGGCUGUGGCAUAUGAAGACAUAUAAAUGAGCCUCAGAAGGAAUGCCCUUGGGCUAAAUAUAGAUAUUAUGCUAUAUCUGUGUUUGUGUCUGUGUAUGACAGGAUGAAGAUAACCUCUGUGGUUAUGCUGAAUAAAUUUGACAGACGCUAAAAUUC